AUGCCUGCCUCGGUCCUCAAAGAUGAGUCCAAGGCGUUUCCCUACUGGCAGUUGACCGUGCUGGCCUUGUGCCGGUUCUCGGAACCCAUCGCCUUCAGUUCCAUCUUGUCCUACUCCUAUGUUAUGACCAUCGACCUUCUCGGUGGUACGGAAGAGGACGACAAAGAUGCCUCAUUUUACAGCGGCCUCCUCGUCUCAGCUUAUGCCGUCGCUGAAGCCCUGACAUCUGUCGGCUGGGGUACGCUGUCUGAUCACUAUGGACGUAAACCGGUCGUCCUCAUAGGCCUGGGAGGCGUCGCUCUCUCGAGCCUUAUUUUUGGUUUCUCCCAGAAGUACUGGGUUGCUCUGCUGGCCAGGUUUAUUGGUGGCGCUUUGAACGGAAACGUCAGUGUCAUGCAAACUAUGGUUGCAGAAAUGGUCAAGGUUCCGGAACACGAACCGGCGGCAUACGCAGUUCAGCCGUUCGUGUGGACGUUGGGUAGCAUCGUUGGUGCGGCCUUGGGAGGAUUCCUGGCUCAGCCCGCGAAAUCUUACCCUCACUUGUUCCCCGAAGAUGGUCUCUUUGGGAGAUAUCCAUAUCUGCUUCCCAACCUCUUGGCCGUGCUUGUGGUCGUCCUGGCGAUUAUUCAGGGCCUGAUCUUCCUGGAUGAAACCAACCCACGCGCCAAGUAUCUCGCUGAGCAGAAGAAGUUGAAGCAACAGCAGAAGACGAAUGGUCACAAUGGCCAUACUGAGACGUCGCCGCUCCUGCAGGAGAGCACAUCGGAUGCCCCUAUCAAACGACCAUCGGUCGACGGUCCCAGGCCGUUCUUCGUCGAGGAGAGCCUUCCGGCACCGGGCGUCCAGACCUUUGAUCUCAGGCGGAGCUCCUUUGGAACGAUGCAUGAGAUUGAUGUGCCUCACAACCGAGAUGGCCCAUCCGAACGCACCCAGUCGCAGGAGCCAGAAAUGCACUAUGAAGGCGCCGUGUGGACUCGACCCAUCGUCAUGCUGAUCGUCUCUCUCGUCCUCAUUUCCUACCACCAAAUGGCUGCCGGCGCGCUGUUGCCUAUUCACCUGCUGGCCAAGCCCCUGAAGCCCCACGGCCAGCUCGACUUGAUCGGCGGUUUCGGCUACAGCCUCCCUGACGUCGGCGUCUAUCUCAUGGUGAACGGCAUCCUCAGCCUCGGCGUCCAGGCCUUCAUCUUCCCCCUCUUUGUGAGCAAAGUCGGCGUCUGGCGCUCCUUCAUCAUUGUCGUGAUUCUCUACCCCACCGCCUAUCUGGUGAUGCCCUUCCUCUCCGCUGUCCCCAAUCUCACCUCUGCAGGUAUCAUCGGAUCGCUCCUCCUGCAGGCCUUCUUCGGCAUCAUCUCCGUGCCUGCGGCCCUCAUCCUGCUCAAGGAUGCCACACCCUCGCCCCUCGUACUGGGCCGCGUCAACGGCCUCGCCAUGAGCGCCUGCUGCGCCGCAAGGACGGUGUCUCCGCCCAUGGUCGGUCUCUUGUAUAGUGCCGGCGGCUCGGCCGUCGCGUGGUUCAGCUGCGCCCUGGUCGGCGUUUUGGGCGCUCUGCAGCUCUUCUGGAUCCCGCGGAAGGAAAUCCCGCACGUGUCCAUCGAGAGGCCGACCAUAGUCACGCGAGAUGAUGAUGAUGAUGCUACCGUUGUGCAGGAUGGCGAACCUUAG